CAAUCUACUUCCGCGUCUGUUAGCAUUUUAGCAUUAAGCUUCCUGCUUUGUAGAAACUAGUAGACUCACAUGAAUUUACAUCAGCUCUGCUCGUCCUUUAACAUCCGUGCGUUUCUUUGGGAAUAAGGAGAAGGCUUAUCACUGUUUGGACUCGAAGUGGUGUCGGGUCUGGUCCAGGAUUGUUGAACGGUUAAUGCACAGAGUAAAGAGGCUGAAAAUUGAAGACAAGAAAGAAGACGGACAGAAAAGCAUCGGGGACGCACUGGCAGGUAUGAUGGGGGUGGACGAGCUGUCAGACAGCACAGAGGUGGUGGAGAUGGAAGAUGUCAACCCCACACAGUUCCAUGUGGAGAAGCACACAUGGGACGGCCUGCGAAAGAUCAUCCACAACAGCCGCAAGAACACAGGCAUCGUCAUCAACAAGGCACCGCACGACUUCCAGUUCAUCCAGAAGGAUGAGGCCAGCCCGCACUCCCACCGCAUCUACUACCUCGGAAUGCCUUACACCAGCAGGGAAAACGCUUUACUCUACUCAGACAUUCCCAAGAAAAUCCGUCAGGAUGCUCUGUUUGUUCUGUCGUGGAAACCACUGCUGGAUCACUUUCAGGCUAGCCCUCACCGUGGGGGUAUCUCACGGGAAGAGGAGCUUCUGCGAGAGAGGAAGCGUCUGGGGGUGUCCGGCAUCACCUCCUAUGAUUAUCACCGACCCAGCGGACUCUUCCUGUUCCAGGCCAACAGCAGUCUGUACUAUUGCCGCGAUGGAGGGAAAAAAAACUUAACUACGUCUCCUAUGGACCCUGUUGAGAUUAAGAGCCAGAGUUCAGGCACACGCAUGGACCCCAAAAUCUGCCACGGGGACCCCAACUUCAUUGGCUUCAUCAACAACAAUGACAUCUGGGUUACCAGCAUUGAGACGGGCGAAGAGAGGAGGCUAACCUUCUGCCAUAAAGGUAUCGAUAACCCAAAAGAUGACCCCAAAUCGGCAGGUGUAGCCACUUUUGUUACACAAGAAGAGUUUGACCGCUUCACUGGAUACUGGUGGUCACCUGCAUCACGAGAAGAAUCAGACGGGGGUAAAACUUUACAGAUUCUGUACGAGGAAGUAGAUGAGUCUGAAGUCGAGAUCAUUCAUGUACCAUCCCCAGCGCUGGAGGAACGCAAGACUGAUGUCUACAGAUAUCCACGUGCAGGCAGCAAGAAUCCUGAUAUUACUCUCAAAAUAGCAGAAAUCAGGACAGACAAUCUCGGCAAAAUUGUGAGCACACAAGAGAAAGAGCUGCCUGUUCCCUUCACCAGUUUGUUCCCUAAUAUUGAAUAUAUCACCAGAGCUGGAUGGACCAAAGAUGGAAAAUAUGCCUGGGCGGUGAUGAUGGACCGGCGGCAGCAGCACCUCCAGGUGGUCCUGCUUCCCCCUGCAUUAUUCGUCCCCACCAAUCAGGAUGAGGCCAGCAGACAGGAGAGUCUGGAGGCUCUAGGAGACAAUGUUCAUCCUUUCAUCGUCUAUCAGGAGAGCAGCGACAUCUGGAUCAAUGUUCAUGACAUCUUUUAUCCAUUCAUCCAAACCAGUGAUGAUGAGAUCAGCUUCAUCAUAGUGAAUGAGUCGAAAACAGGUUUCUGCCACCUGUAUAAGAUCACCUCAGUGUUACAGCGGAGCUGCCACAACUGGGCAAAAGGAUACACACACUCUGAAGAUGAUUUCAGGUGUCCAGUCACAGAGGAAGUAACAUUAACCAGCGGGGAGUGGGAGGUGCUGGCCAAUCAUGGAGCAAAGCGCUCGUCUAAUCCUCAGAUUUGGGUGGAUGAGGCAGCCAAGCUGGUUUAUUUUCAGGGAACCAAAGACUCUCCCCUGGAGCAUCACCUCUACGUCGUCAGCUAUGACUCACCGGGAGAAAUCGUCCGACUAACCAAACCAGGCUUUUCACACAGCUGCUCAGUGAGCCAGACCUUUGACAUGUUCAUCAGUCAUUACAGCAGUUUGACAACGUCUCCCUGUGUGCACAUCUACAAGCUGAACGGCUCAGACACAGACCCUCUGCACAAAGAGCCGCAGUUCUGGGCAAGCAUGAUGGAGUCAACAGGUUCCCCAUAUGACCAUGUGCCUCCAGAGAUCUUCAGCUUCACAGGGAAGUCAGGGUUUGAGCUGUAUGGCAUGUUAUACAAACCUCAGAACCUGAUCCCCGGCAGGAAGCAUCCCACCGUCAUGUUCGUGUAUGGUGGUCCACAGGUGCAGCUGGUGAACAACUCCUACAAAGGACUGAAGUACUUACGGCUCAGCACACUGGCGUCCCUCGGCUACGCUGUGCUGGUCAUCGAUGGGCGGGGCUCCUGUCAGCGGGGGUUAAAGUUUGAAGGAGCUGUGAAAGACAAAAUGGGUCAGGUGGAGAUCGAGGACCAGGUGGAGGGUUUGCACUAUGUCGCUGAGAAGUACAAAUUUGUGGACCUGAGUCGAGUUGCCAUCCAUGGCUGGUCAUAUGGAGGUUUCCUCUCCCUGAUGGGCCUCAUCCACAGACCUGACAUCUUUAAGGUUGCGAUUGCAGGAGCUCCUGUGACGCUGUGGAUGGCAUAUGACACCGGCUAUACAGAGCGCUAUUUGGACACACCUGAAAAAAACCAGACAGGAUAUGAAGCGUGUUCUGUCGCCAUGCAUGUUGACAAACUCCCCAAUGAGCCCAACAGACUGAUGAUCCUUCAUGGGUUUCUAGAUGAGAACGUGCACUUUUUCCACACCAACUUCCUGGUGUCUCAGCUCAUCCGGGCAGGGAAGCCAUACAACCUGCAGGUUUAUCCCAAUGAGCGACACAGCAUCCGAUGUCCAGAGUCUGGAGAACAUUAUGAGAUUACACUGCUGCAUUUCCUCCAGCAGAACCUCUGAUAAGCCUUCAUACACACUGAGCCUUUUCUCUCCUUUUUCUUAUACUUUCCUCCCUAUAUUUAAACCUGCACCUCUUUACCUUUCAAUCAUUCUAUGAUGAGUUUAAAUGAAGCUAUGCCAAACCUCAUCACACCUUAAAGUGCUGUUCAUCAGCCUUAAAGACGUUUUUAGCAUCAGAUAAACCAUGACAACAUUAGAUGCUCAGAUUUAAGUAAAUCCAUGCAGAAGAGAGUAACACCAACUGAAUUCACGCAGACAGAAAUCUGGUAAUGCUUUAACACCAGCAGAGGGCGCUGUUUAGCAAGAAGCACCAGACUAACUGUGGGGAAAGAGGAUGGUGGAACAAGUACAAAAAUAUACAGAUAUAUAUAAAGUGACAGCAAUGACACUGAUGCUUCUGCUGUAGCUUGUUUCAUCAUAAAUACAUGUCAGCAAGGCAAUGUUGGACCUGCUGUGCCCUAGAGAUUUUCCUUUAUUUGUGCCAUUUCUGUCUCUUAUUGAACUCUCACCUUCAGGGAGCAGACGGAUGAAGUUCUUGUGUUUCUUUCUCUGUGAAAAAAACACUGGAGUGCAACUCAUGAAAAUGAAGCUCUAUAAGCUUCAAAAAGAAAGUUUUCUUUGCUGUGUACUUUAAUGUGCAAUCAUGAAAGACUUUGUGCUGUGCCACAUUUUAGAAAAAUCUGUAAGGAAAUAAAUGCCCCAUUUUAUGUAUUUAACCUAUUUUUAUGGAUUCUGAUGCAAUCGUAAAGAGGAAAUGUAGCGGCCUGUUGUGUUUCCUGUAAAGCUUCUUUUUCUGCUGCUGAAAACUUUCUGUCCAUUUUACUUAUUUGCCUUGGUGCCAACAAAUGUAUCUGUGAAAAAUGUUUGAUACAGCUGUUGGCGGUCUAAGGUGCCUUUUAAGAGUGAACGAGCGCCUGCUCCUAAAGCUGAUAUCAGGGAUUCAGUGCGAGGACCUAAGAUGAUAAAAUGCCUUGCUAUGUGUGUGUCUGAUGAGCUCACAUCACCUCUACGUGUUCAUUGUGUCUCAGAUGUUGAAGAAAUAAACAGAAGUGAACAAUCUC